AUGCCGAACAACUCUCCAAAUCCCAUCCCGUUUUCAGAGCCGCCUUACCUUCGCGGCCUCCCUUCUCCCUACAUUACGCCUGCCCACCGCCAUUUCCAACAAGCAUGCCGUAAAUUUGCAACAGAAAACUUGACUUCGAAUGCCCUGGAGUGGGAGCGUGGGGGAACAGUCCCUGAGCAUGUUUUCAACACAUUCUGCAAGCAUAAUAUGUUGGUGCCCAACCUGCCAGCUCCAUUGCCUGUGGAUUGGCUGAAGCGUCUGGGAAUCAACGAUAUCCUGGGGGUCAAGGUUGAAGACUGGGACUACAUCUACUCCGGAAUUUACUUUGAUGAGAUGGCCCGUUCUGGUCUCAGUGGCCCCUUGGCCUCUCUGAACGCCGGUUUCGCUUUUGGACUUGCACCAAUCUACAAGUUUGGUAGCAUUGCGUUGCAAGAGCGAUUCUUGCCCGAGCUGCUCACAGGGAAGAAGCGAUGCUGCAUUGCUAUUACGGAACCCGAGGCGGGUAGUGACGUCGCGAAUGUCACCACAGCUGCUGUUAAGAGUGCCGAUGGUCAGCACUACAUCCUAAACGGAAUUAAGAAAUGGAUCACGAAUGGUAUCUGGUCCGACUAUGCCACCAUGGCCGUACGAACCGGUGGACCAGGAGCCGCGGGCCUUUCUCUUCUAGUUGUGCCUUUGAAGGGCCACCCCGGUGUCUCAAUGCGCCGACUCAAAGUCUCGGGCCAGCUCACAAGCGGGACCACAUACAUUGAGCUCGACGACGUCAAGGUUCCUGUGUCGAACAUGAUUGGCAAAGAAGGCGAGGGUAUGCGUAUUAUUAUGACCAACUUCAACCAUGAGCGACUUAUCAUUGCCAUUGGAGUCACUCGUCAGGCUCGUGUAGCCCUCUCCUCCGCUUUCUCCUACUGCCUCAAGCGCGAGGCUUUCGGGAAGACGCUCAUGGACCAACCUGUAGUCCGCCACCGCCUAGCUAAGGCAGGCGCGGAGCUUGAAACUAUGUGGGCGUGGUUUGAGCAGAUCCUGUACCAAUUAGCCCAUCUAAGCAAAGAAGAAGGGGAUCGUCAACUUGGUGGUUUAACGGCAUUGGCUAAAGCAAAGGCCGGUAUGGUUCUGAACGAAUGUGCUCAAACAGCCGUGUUGUUGUUUGGAGGAAGUGGAUUCACCCAAUCGGGUCAGGGUGAAUUGGUCGAAGCCAUUCUUCGCGAUGUUCCUGGUGCUCGUAUUCCCGGUGGAUCAGAAGACGUGCUGCUCGACCUAUCUGUGCGUCAAUUGGUCAAGCUCUAUAAGGCCGAAGAGAAGAAGCUCUCACAGAGCUCCAAGAUUUGA